AUGGCUAACCGAACCUCCUCAGAGGAGGAUCCACUGCAUGACUACGUCGAUGAAGAACUGGCAGAGGACCUCGCGCACCUUUCUUCCGUUUCGCGUUCUCCAACUCCGGGGGUGGUUCAUUGGCAUCCGACUUCCGCCUUCACCCCCGGAAGAAGUCAAAGAGAUGUUCAAGGUGAGGCUGAUGCCCUUACUCGGUAUCACGAAUGGUUCAGAUCCCAGCUCUUCUCUUCCCAACAGGCUCGGCCGUUCGCUGCCAACGAGAACGCUACUAGCCAGAACACCGCAGCUACUACCGCUGUGGCCGCUGCCGGUCCUAGCCUGCUUCCUCCUAUUUACUUUGGCGGGGACUACGACGACAUUGACGAUGACAUUGACGACUACAUUGGCGAUGAUUGUGAUAGCGUGUCCACCACCAGCAGUGAUGACUGGUGGCUCAACGGGAUCCCCCUCCGUCGUCGUAGCAGGAGCAGUGACGAAGAAGACCAGGAGACGCCGCAAGUCACGCCGCUGCCGCCACGUCUGCCUCCUCCGCAACGCCGGCUCCGUCGACAUCCGCCGGCCCCGGCGUACGCGGGCGACGGCGGCCCAGCCAUGCUGAGCUUCGCGCUAAAGAACUGGGGCGAACAGCGCGCCGCCGAGUGGGCGAAAGCCGAAGCGGAGUGGUUCGAGAAGCAAGACCGCAUGAAGGACCGCGUCCUGGGACUGGGAGGCGCGGCACGGUGGCCGGGCCUGUGGCUGGAGAAGGUGAAGAAGGACAGCUUCGUCGACGCCCACGGCGAUGCCGUCAUAAGGGACACUUUUGACUACACCAAGCUCGCCACCGCCGGAGCCCGCAAGGAGCGCAUCCUAAGGCAGAAUCCGGCUAUAGCGGAGACAGGCGAUAAGGAGGAGAAGAAGGAGAAGAAGGAGAAGAAGGAGAAGAAGGAGGAGGAGAAGGAGAAGAAGAAGGAGAAGAAGAAGGAGAAGAAGAAGGAGAAGAAGAAGGAGAAGGAGAAGGAGAAGGGAAGCUAA